AGCUCCACUCGGUGUCACAGUAAAUAGUGUCCCCGCGGCAUCUCCAAGUCUGCUCCCCUGCAAAGUCAUGUCUGCCUUGGGUUCUUCUCGCGUGCUGUACCGGCGCGCAGUCUACGGUCUCCGGCUCGGCGCGGAGGCGACAGCUUUCAAAAGCCCCCCUCUCUCCCGGUCUCACCGCCUCUCCCCCUCGGAUGACGAGCUCUAUCAGAAGACCACGGUGACUCUGCUGCAGCGCGAGGCUCCGGAGGUCGCCUUCAUUGAGAGCUACAGCCAGCGAGGAUUCACCAUCAACGGGGACCGCGUGCUGGGGCCCUGCGCCCUCCUCCCCAGGGCAGUGCUGCAGUGGAACGUGGGCACCUAUAAAGACAUCAGCGAGGACAGCCUGUCCCUCUUCUACCUGCUGGAACCCAAGAUAGAGAUCCUUGUCCUAGGCACAGGGGACCGUGUGGAGAGGCUUGAGCCCCGGAUCCUGGAGUUCAUGAAGAAGAAGAGGAUCGCAGUGGAGGUGCAGGACACGGCCAAUGCCUGCGCCACCUUCAACUUCCUGACCAGCGAGCGACGAAUCACAGCAGCCGGGCUGAUCCCGCCCCCCAGCGCAGGACAGUGAGGAGGGAGGGGCUACCAGACAGGAAGUGAUGCAAGGAGCGAAGAGGAGAUGGCAUGAUCUUCACAGCUGUGUGUGUGUGAGAAUGAGACUGCGAGCAGCCCUGUUCAGAGAAUCACUUCAAUAGAAAUAUGUAUUUAUGAUUAAAAGGAAAAGCCUUUCUCAUAGGGGCUUGUGUUGAAUCAGA